AUGUCGCCAGACAUCCCUACAGGCAUCAUCACCAGGCCCUCUGCCUCUCCAGUGACAACAGAAUCUGCACAAUCUGGGGAAGACCAAAGACGCAUUGGGUUCAAGUGUGGAACCUGUGUCCAGUUCACCUUCAACCCAGGCUUGACUCAGGACUGGCCUCAUUUUACUCUCCCCACCACUGCAGCUGCAAUUCCUUUAUUGAUGCCUUUUACUGUCAACGUCACCAUCACCAACCUGCACUACACGGAGGACAUGGGAAACUCGGACUCUGAGAUAUUCAGUGCCACUGAGAGAGACCUGCAGCACCUGCUCAGUCCUCUGUUCAAAAAGAGCAGCGUUGGUUCCCUGUAUACCAGCUGUAGACUGACCUUGCUCAGGGCUGACAAGGAUGGAACAAGCACCAGAAUGGAUGCGGUCUGCACCUACCGCCCAGAUCCCACAGGCUUCAGGCUGGACAGAGAACGGCUGUAUUGGGAACUAAGCCAACAGACCCAUGGUAUCACUCAGUUGGGCCCCUACACCCUGGACAGGAACAGUCUCUACGUCAAUGGUUAUAACCAUCAGUACUGGAUCCCCACCACCAGCACUCCGGUGACCUCUACAUUCUCUCCAGGACCUCCAACAUCUCUGACGUCCACCCCUAGCUCUACAGUUGCAGGCAUGGGCCCAGCCCUGGUGCCGUUCACCCUUAAUUUCACCAUCACCAACCUGUUCUAUACCCCAGACAUGGGGCACAGAGGCUCCGCAAAGUUCAACUUCACUGAGAAGCCUCUGAAUCGCCUGCUUGGUCCUCUGUUCAAGAACACCAGUAUCGGCCCACUGUACUCUGGCUGCAGACUGACCCUGCUCAGGACUGAAAAGGAUGGGGCAGCAACUGGAGUGGAGGCCAUCUGCACCUACCAUCCUGACCCCAUGCAUCCCGGGCUGGACAGAGAAAAGUUGCACCAGGAGCUGAGUCAGCUGACUCAUGGAGUCACCCAGCUGGGCACCUACACCCUGGACAGUAAUAGGCUCUAUGUCAAUGGUUAUAAUGAACAUGGUCCAGAUGAGCCUCUUACAACUAUGGGACACAACCUGAAGACCCUCACACUCAACUUCACCAUCUCCAACCUUCCAUAUUCAUCAGACAUGAGCAAUGGCUCAGUCAUGUUCAACUCCACCGAGACGGUCCUGCAGCGCCUGCUCGGAUCCUUGUUCCGGAAGAGCAGCCUGGGCCCCUUCUACUCGGGUUGCAGACCAAUCUCCCUCAAACCUGAGAAGGAUGGUGCAGCCACCAGCGUGGAUGCCGUCUGCACCUACCACCCUGACCCCACGGGCCACAGGCUGGACAGAGAGCACCUUUAUUGGGAGCUGAACCAGCUGACCAGUGGUGCCACCCAGAUGGGCUUCUACACCCUGGCCAAGGACAGCUUCUUCGUCAAUGGCUAUGCACCCCCGAGUUUAUCUAUCCAGAGCGAGUACCAGAUAAAUUUCCACAUCAUCAACUGGAACCUCAGCAACCCAGACCCCACGUCCUUAGACUACAUUGCCCUGCUGAAGGACAUCCAGGACAAGGUCACAAAACUCUACAGAGGCAGCCAGCUACAAGACAUAUUCCACUCCUGCCUGGUCACCAACUUGAUGCUGGAUCCCAUGUCGGUCAGCAUCAAGGCAUUGUUCUCCUCCAAUCUGGACUCCAGCAUGGUGAAGCAAGUGUUUCUAGACAAGACCCUUAAUGCCUCAUCCCACUGGCUGGGUGCCACCUACCAGUUGACAGACAUGCAUGUGACAGAAGUGGAGCCAUCAAUUCAUCUACCAACAGACCAACCAACAAUCAGUCCCAGCUUCCAGAACUUCCAGCUGAAUUUCACUGUCACCAACUUAAUCUAUUCCCAGGACAUAGCCCCAGGCACCCCCAAACACCAGCGGAACAAGAGAAAUAUUGAGGAUGCGCUCAACCAGCUCUUCCGAAACAGCAGCAUCAAGAGUUAUUUUUCUGACUGUCAAGUUUCAGCGUUCAGGUCUGAGCCCCCCAGCAACCACACUGGGGUAGAUGCUCAGUGUAACUUCUCACCAUUGGCUCAGAGACUGGACAGAGUUGCCAUCUAUGAGGAAUUCCUGCAGCUGACCAAGAAUGGUACCCAGCUGCAGAAUUUUAUCCUGGACAGGAAUAGUGUCCUUGUGGAUGGGUAUUCUCCCAACAGAAACAAUGUCUUGACUGAGAAUUCGGACCUCCCCUUCUGGGCCAUCAUCCUCAUCUGCCUGGCAGGACUCCUGGGGCUCAUCCUGUGCCUGAUCUGCUGUUUCCUGGUCACUGUCUCCAGGCGGAAGGAGGAGGAAGACUGCGAGGCUCAGCAACAACGCCUGGGCUAUUACCUGCCACGCCUGGACCUGAGGAAGCUGCAGUGA